UAGAGGGGUUUUAAACAAUGACAAUAGACAAUAAAAAGUAAUAAAACAUACUGAAAAAUAUCAUACGAACAGAGAAAAACCUGAAACGACACGAGAAUUAGACGAUGAGGACAGAAGCUAUUACACUUCUCGUUGUGUGUCCUCUUUGUUGACAUUGGGUAAAUGUUUUGGAUAUCGGCAGACGAGGAAUACUUUUCAAACAUAUCGAUUCGCGAUUUAUUCGGUGAUUGAGGCUGUUGAGGAACGCGUAAAUAAGUUCAAUAAUUUUUAUAACCCCCCAAAAUGUUUACAUGACUAAUGGAGGAUUGAGACGACUGUCCAAGACAAUGGAGUGUCUCAGGUAUUUCCGUUGCAACAAAAUGGAUAGACUCAUAUUUAUUGCAAUUGAUUUAAAUCGGCAUUAGUGUUAGUGUGACUUUGGUGAUAGACAAUAGAAUGCAGUGAAAAGUGCCGAAAAUUGUCGUGGAGACAGGAAAAACACAUCUAAUAUUGUGGGGACUUGCUGGUGAGUGGAAACACCGUCGUGGUUUGUUUUCAUAUCCUCGUUGUUGGCGAUUGCGUCAAUGUUUUGGGUAUCAGCAAUAGGGGAUCAUUUUUAACACAUUAGAAUUUAUUCUCCGAUCUAUUCGACGGUUGAGAUUGUUCAGGGACGUGUAAAUCAGAUCGUUAAUUUUUAUUGGCGGGUAAAUAUUUACGUGACCAAUGAAGGAUCGUGACAAUCCUCGAUCGAGGGAGCCGCGAUCGGGGGCGGGAGGAGGGGGGGGGAGAAGGAAGAAGACGGUUGAAGACAACGGGACGGCUGAAGUAUUUCCGUUGCAAAAAUCUGCAAUAAAUUCAUUUUUGUUGGUUUUAUUAAAAUUUAUCGCGAAUUGAGUACAGUAUUAGUGUGAUAUUCGCGGUAGUUAAUCGAACUAGUUAAUAAAAAGUAGUGGAAAGUGAUGAAAAAUGUGUUUUGGACGCGGAAAAACAUCGCGUGAUGUAAUUACCCGACAGUAAGUGAGGAAGCCAUUGUUCUCUCUUGGCGUCCCCCCUGCUGAUACCCCUUGUCCCUGUUGUUAUAUUCGGUAAGGGUUUUGGGUAUCAAGAGGAGAGGAAUAUUUGGAAAAAAUUAGUCCGCGAUCCGCAUUUUAUUUGAUGAUUGAGGUUGUUUAGAGCCGCGUAAAUAAAGUGAUUAAUUUUUUUUGGCGGGAUAAAAUAUUUACCUGACCAAUGAGAGAUCGAGGGAGCCGCGAUCGGCGGAGGAGUGAGGGAGGGGGGAUGAGAAGGAAGAAGACGCUCGAAGACAAUGGAACGGCUAAAGUAUGUCCGUUGCAAAAAUGUGGAAUAAAUUCAUUUUUAAUAGUUUUAUUAAAAUUUAUCGCGGAUUGAGUAUCGGAUUAAUGUGAUAUUCGCGGUAGUUAAUCAAAUUAGAUAAUAAAAAGUAGUGGAAAGUGAUGAAAAAUGUGUUUUGGACGCGGAAAAACAUCGCGUGAUGUAAUUACCCGACAUGUCAGUGUGUUAGUGUUUGUUGAGUGUUAGUGUAAUUUUUGUGGUGAACAAUAAAAAUAGUCAAUAAAAUGUGAAAAGUGGUGAAAAGUGUCGUGUGUACAGGAUGAAAGAGGAAACUACUCGAGGCACUCCGAUUAUAAUGGAGCGACGAGUGGUGGAUGAUUCGUCACGGUGGUGAGGAGAUUGGUACAGCUGGAUAUUCUCAGGCAAUCAGAAAAACUGAAGAUGGUGGUGGGGUGUGAGGGCUUCAGCACCCUUCAACAACUUUUCUUUGGGGUGAGGUGGCAGGGAGUAAGUUGAGUCCCUGAAUGGGAACGUCUGCCACUUGGUGGUUUUUUAAAAGAAUCUACUCGGCUGAUCUUCAGUGGGAGAUUGUGACCGGCACUUCUAUUUGAAUUUCAACCCGGUACGAGACUUGAUCAUCUUAUCGUCAAGUAUGCAGCCACCACUCUCAACCAACAGAGAGGGCGAUGUCACGAGUCAGGGUUGUUACAUAAUCUGAUUAUUCUGUGAAUACGAGCCAUAAGAAUUAUGGACAAUAAUCUUGAAUAUAAUAAACAACUUUACAACUCCGACGAAUGCAUUGAAAGGAUAAAAUGCGAAGGAUCACUCGUCACAGUCGCAUUUGUAACGAGUCGUGUCUGAGGCAACUGAACAAGACACUCAUCACAAUGUUGAGAUCAAAGUUAAGAAUAUUUAUUUGGAUUUUACUCGCUGUUCUGACUGACAUCAUCAGCUGUCAAUAUACCGCGGAAAACAGUUGGGGAAGUGCAUCGCAACAGGCGUUCGGAGGUUCCAAAGACCGACAGCCGAUUGUUUUCACGACUACCCCCGGGGAUCUUUGCAGGGAAUAUUUGGGGUCUGAACUAGCUAUUUGGGCAAGCUAUGCAUACAGAGCAGAUAUCUGCACCAGACCCAUCAGCUGUCGCAUACGCCCCAGCUUUGUCACCGAAACAAGACCGGGGCCUCCACCUGAGGGAAUGCUCUGUGCUCUUCACUUGAGAGGCGAUGGCCAGGAAGCAGUUAAAUUCAUUAUUCGUACUGACGAGGUGGAGAAGAGGGAGGAGGAGACUCGGCUGUCCUCCGAUGGAGCGACGACUGAGCGAGUUAAGGAACACGAGAAAGCACUUCUGGACUCCUGACGUGUCCCCAACGUUCGUCGUCCAUUUUCCGGAGCGACUGGGCUUGCGAAUCCUCGACGACGUUCGACCACCUUGGGAAAGAUAAUACAUUAAUUUUCUAUUGUCAUCGGCUAUCCAACUGAAAGACUGAUCUACUCGCGAAAGCUUCUAGAGAUAAUUUAAUUCCCAUGCAUUACGCCGACACAAGUGGAAGAGUGGAGGGGGCUCAGCAGUUACUGGGGAAAAUUGGAGGUGCAGGAGGGAGACAAGGUUUGAGUAUUAUACACUCCUCAGCAACUUGGAGAACUCGAUAUCAAGGUAGGCUUAUGUCCAUGUUACCCACUGUGAGAAACUCGGAGGGGUGAGGGUGGCGUGCCUAUGUCCUCGUUGCGAACUAAUUAGGGGAUACGACACAGGAGUGUAGUUACGUCUCCUCCAUCUCUUGCAGCUACUCAUCCUCUCCCUGUCCCUCCCUACACCACCAACUCCCUCUUGCUGGAGCCAUUUUGGUGGUACAGGGGGUAUGGAACAGAAUGAGACAGGCUCUCGGUUGUGUAUAUAUCCUCGAAUGAUUACGAGAUCGAUAUAAUGGGGGAGAGGAGAACCGAUUAAUGUAGUGACGCAUGCAAAUGGCCCACUCAAUUGCCCCUUUCCUUGUAUCCGAGUGUACGCAACAAUCGAUAAUUUCAACGGUACAUCGUUUGACAAUCGAUUGUGUAAUGCUGGGUCAAUUUCAAUGAUCAAUGGAAUCGAGUUAACAAGUAGGUGGUAUUGAUUUGUCAUUGGGGGUAAGUGGGGAGAAGGGAAGUCAAGACGUUUGAUUAUUCCAAUGACAGAGAGAAUUUUCGAAGGGAAUAGGAUAAUUUUGGUAAUUUUGCAUAAUGAGGUCUCUCAUUUCGUGAAUAAAAAAUGAAAAAUUAUACUCUUGAAAUAAAAAUGAUCAUGACCUUGGAAAAGAAAUAGAAUAAAUAAUUAUACCUGAGUAAUUCCCCGCACCCUAAAACAACGAUUCCCGAAAAAAUAAUUCAUUAAAUUUUUCCCAGAACGCACUGGACUAAUCUCAACUUCAAAUAAUCAAUGAAUCAUGACUCGAUUAUGCGUUAAUACAAUUAUUUGCAUGGUUUAAUGAAUUAACUAGACUGAAAUGCCGAAACUGAGAGGCGGCGAACCCCAGUAAUGGCAAGAGAGGCGAGGGAAGUGAGGCGAGGAGGUACAGCAAACAAUGUCAGUAAUAAUGGAAGGUACCGGCGCGGGGGCCAGACUAAUUAGGGUAACCCAGGGAAACGAGUUCAAGAGGAAAGCUCGGGGAAUGAUGAUGAUGGUGGAAAUCGAUAUUAGGUGGAAACGAUUAAUUUGAAAUGGUUGAGAGCGAAUAAUGGAGAAAUCGCUUGACAGAUAUUUGUAUCGCAUUCGGUCUAAUGCAUUCAUGCAUAAAUUCAGGGGGAUCGAUAAAUUAAAUAAUUAUCCUGUCCAAUCCUUCUCUCCACAUGUGUACAAGAAAGAAUAAGACAAUUAAAAAUUCCCAAAAAUCCUUCAACCAGAAAAAUUAUACCUUUCACUCGAAUAAAAAAUUUAAUUUGAGAGCCUUUCGUCGAAUAAACAAUUUAUUCGGAAAAAAUUGCAUUCACGACUCGUCAUUAAUCGGGAAAUAAUGCUAAUUAUAUUCCUAAGAGGUGGAGAGUAAAAAGUUCAAAGAAAAAUAUCGCGUCCAAAAAAAUGAAAAUUGAUGCUACGAAGACUAUAACGAGAAAUUGAAAAUUCAUACGCAAACCUCGAGUUAUUCAUUAUUAUUUCACCCCAGCGAUUUGUCUCACAGGCUAAUUAAGUCCUUUUAAUAAAUACUCGAUCGUCUUUCAUAAAGAGAAAAGGCGAGUGGGUGCACGAGAAUGAAGGGGUUAGGGGGAAAAUAAAACGCAGAAGGAACGCAAACAAGAAUUCCAAGCCUCUGUGCCAACACUCAUUUGUAUAAUAUUAAUUGAAAUCAAACAUCCCCAACGUUCCUCGAGGCGAGUUCGUUAAUUUUUUUUCCUCCUCCUUUCCCUCCUUUUCUCUCCUCUUUUCAUUUUAAUCCGCUGGGGGUCUGCGAAACACAUUGGUGCGGUGAGGAUGGACGACGCCACAUGUCGCCACCAUCUGUCGGGCCCACCGGCUCCACUCAAUCGGUGUUUGCAUAAUAUUCAAUUAUUUGCACAUGACUUUUAUCUUGGACUAAUUAAUGGUCGUAAAUAGGGGGCACCAGAGGGAGGUGGAGAGUGGGCGAAGACAAAGGGAUGGAAGAGGUCUUGUGACCGUUCAAAAACAAAAAUUAAUUUGUUUAGAAGUACAUUUUAUCGGGCCCAAUGGCCAGGCCCCGGCUUAGAGUUCGUUCCUCGCCCCAGCACUGGCCCAGAGACUAACCAGGGCUAGCAUAUGAUUUUUUUCGGGUGCCAAAACAUUCACGGACCAGCCCCAGGUUCCUCCCGGGCGCUACGGCACUUCAAGCGAUUACAGGAGUAGUUCAUACGUUAAUUAGACCGACGAGGCGUAAAAUAGAGUCUCUGUACAUAAUCAUCGGGCCCAGGAGGCCGGGAUUUCGCACCGAGGAGGAUAGCUGUUUUUGCAUAGAUUACUCUUUGGUAUACAAACUAAUACGUAAAUAUCUUCAGGGCAAAAAGGACGACAAUCUCUGGGUAAACGCAUUGGACCAUCCGAUACAGACUACUGAGAUAAUCAAAUUAAUAGACAGAAAGAGAAGUAUUUACUCACGUGUGACAGCGACAGAAACAUCUUCGGGGGGCACGUGAACAGGAGAAUGUCACGACACUUGACGCACAAACUUUUAUUCCGAGUAGGUGCUUUUGUUUUCAAACUGAACUGAACGAAAAGUUGAACACUAAAUCACUGAGAGGGUGGUACACUCGGGGGCACUGGAUGGCUUGUGUUGGGGCGGCGUCGAGAGCUGUAAACAAUUAUGGUGAUAGUCGUGAUGUUGUUCAAUCGCACUGAUUCCCAGGGAAGUUAAUGAAUAUUUCUGAAAUAAAUAAUACAGAAAUCACGAAAAUUCGAUGAACAGCACCGCAAAAGGAGAGCGUAGAACCCCCUAAUGGAGUCAACAAACAGUGAAUCGAUUUGAAAUAAUGGCACGCAGCGGCAAGUGAAAAGGGGCAGGAGUGGGACAGCCUGAGAAAGAGUGAGAAAACGACUCUGAGUGUAUACGCGGGGCCCACCUCGGCGACAAAUAAAAGCACUCAGCGUGAGCGGCUUUAUCCUUAUACAACUGUCAGACGUCUUAACACCCUCUGCUCCUUUGCCCCCACCGCUCCCAACUCUUCACAAGUUCCAUUUCAUCCCUACUGCCCCCCCGCCCCUGGCCCUGGCCCCAUCCAAACCUCGUCGUGGCUGUGCUUUUUUUCCAAAGGCACUCACCUCCUCUCACUCCCACUCACGUUUCAUCAGAGACAGUGGUAUGGUUACCCUCAACUCUAAUGGCAAAAUCAACCACUGUAUGACACGGAGAUGAGAACUCUGGACGAGUCAGAUGUCGUCGGCUCUCUUCAUCUCUCGGUGUUACAUCCCACCGGGUUAAAAGCUUUAUAGAAGUCAUUUUCGUUAGGCGUAUGCACAAAGUGGCCACUACUACUUAUUUUUGUUUUUAUUUUGGAUGAGAGUUGAACAUUAACGAAUUGUGAAUACAAUUCUUGCGGGGAGAAAUAUGAUUUUAUGAGUGAGAGUACGCAGUCAGAAUUUAUUAAAUGAUCAGACUCAGAAAAGAAAUGAAAAUAAAAUUUAUGGAAUGAAAUUUUUAGAACUAAAGCCAAUUAUUACUGGAGUAAGUACAUUGAUUAUUCUUUGCAGAGAUUGGUCAUUUCUGGAUGAUUAAUUAAUCCGUAGCCAUUGAAUGGAGUUGAUGAAUCAAUUUCAAUGCAUUGUUUACCAUAAAUAAUCACGAAGACAAUGUUAGAAUAUACCUUUUGAAAUUGAUUGCAUUUCAGAAUUUUAUUUGAGAGCUAUUUGGCUGAAUCACUGAAUUCUUUAGAUAAAUAAAGCGAGCGGUGUUAUAAAAAAAUGUUGAUUAACGAUCCCGUAAUUUGUAAAAUUGUUUCUGAAUCAACUCCAUAAAAAUCCAGCGCCAAUAAAUCAAAUAAAAAAAAAUCCUGAUGUAGACACAUUUAAUAUCUGAUUGAAAGCGACCAUCGUGCGUCAGAAGGGCCUUGCAAAGAGAGUUUGGGCAAACAUGGUGCAAUUAACGUGAAAUCAUUAAAUAUGUAUAGACUCGUGCACGCACGUGGACAUUCUCGGUGCCUCUGUGUGCAAAGCACCACCGUAAAUGCAUUCUAUCGAAAUGGGGGGAUGGAGAGAGAUAGCAGAGAACAGAAGAGAUCGAACUCACACGCAACUGGCGGCCUCUCAUCUCUCAGUGUUGGCACAAGCCCCGCUUGAUUAGCUCUGUCAUAUUUACAUAUCAUUAGUCGAUUGUUUACUCUACCCGGAAUUCUGCUUUUAACUCUCUGCAUUCCCCAGGCCAUCAAAACUCGUUUUUUUUCGAUUCUCUGGAUUUUUUGGUGCAAAGAGACGGGGUUGAUUUAAAUUAGUCGAAGGGGCGGGAUUGGGAGAAGAUAAUUCCGGGAGUGAAAUUACCGACCGUCAGCGCCAGUGCAGUAGUCGGUGCUAUACCACUGAACAAUAAGGAAACAACUGGUGAAUGAUUUU